AUGAAGCGGCUAGUCAUCCUCGUGUUCCAUCUGAUGUCGCUGUCCGUGGCGGUGUACCUGCGCCCGACCGAGUCCGACGUCCCCCUCAUGAGGUGGCCCGAGGAGGUAAGCGAGGCCGCCCGCGCCGCCGCCGAGUGCAUCACCGUCCUCGGCGUCCUGGGCUACAUUCUCAUCCAACUCGGCGGCGAGAUCGUCAACAUUGGCUUCGUCUCGUUCCUCAAACAACUGAGCCACGAGCCGGCCAAAUUCAUCUUUCUGAUGAGCAACAUCCUUAUACUGGCCUGCAUCCCGUACAGACUGUCCGGGGAGCGGCACAUCGAGGACGCCAUACUCAUCGUUGCGGUGCCGGGCUCCUGGUUUCUCCUCAUGUUCUUUGCCGGGGCGAUCCGGUUGACGGGUCCUUUCGUCACGAUGGUCUACAGCAUGAUAACGGGGGACAUGCUCACCUUCGGCAUCAUCUACAGCAUCGUCCUAUGCGGCUUCUCCCAGACCUUUUUCUUCCUCUACAGGGGCUUCCCCGGCGUCAAGUCGACCCUCUAUCACUCCUACUACUCGACCUGGAUGGCGCUCUUUCAGAUAACCCUUGGCGAUUACAGCUACACGGACCUGAGCUUCACGACGUACCCGAACCUCAGCAAGACGGUAUUCGCCAUAUUUCUGGUCCUCGUGCCGAUCCUGCUGCUCAACAUGCUGAUAGCCAUGAUGGGCAACACCUACGCCCACGUGAUCGAGCAGAGCGAAAAGGAGUGGGUCAAACAGUGGGCCAAGAUCGUGGUGUCGCUGGAGCGCGCGGUGUCGCAGAAGGACGCCCACCACUACUUGCAGGAAUACAGCAUUAAACUCGGCCCCGGGGACGACCCGAACGAUCCGGCCUCGGAGCAGCGCGGCGUCAUGGUCAUCAAGAGCAAGUCCAAGACGAGGGCCAGGCAGCGCAAGGGCGCCGUCGCCAACUGGAAGGCAAGCCUUACUUUCGUUUCAUUAAAAACAAAUGCAACUCCAUUUAAUCUGGCACGGAUAAAUAAUUUACCACUCGCACGAAUGCAAACUCAUGAAUGUUUAAUCAACGGAAUGGAAUGGGAAGAACAAAAAAAAAAAAAAAAAAAAACAUCAUAG